AUGAAGGGUUCCGAGCUCUCCAUGCUGAUGGGUUGUUCAUGCGAUAAGACUCAAAACCUUGAUGAAACCCAAGAGCCGAAGCUUGAAAACUUCUUGGGAGGCCACACUUUUGCGGAUCAUGAGCAAAAACUCCACGGAUGCAACACUAUUUACAGCACUGCCGCAGCCGCUACAGCCAGCGGCGAUUUCAUCUACCCCGACUGCUCUCUCCAACUUCCCUCCGACGACCCAUCUAAUAACAACGAUGCAACAAGAACAAGAAAAAACUCUGGAACCAAAGCCGAACCCACCAACACAAACAACAAGAGCUCCAUUGGGCUGUCCAUGAUCAAAACUUGGCUAAGAAACCAACCAACGCCAACUCAAACAGACGCCAAGAACAGCAUCAAUGGCGGCGGUUCUGCACAAACCUUGUCGCUUUCGAUGAGCACGGGCUCGCAAUCCGGCUCUCCUUUGCCUCUUCUGAAUAAUGGAAGCGGCGGAGAGAGCUCUUCUCCCGACAGCAACAAGAAGCAACAAAACCCAUCUUCAACAACAACAACCGCAACAGGCGGUGGAUCCCUUGAUAGCCAAACGCGCGCCAUUGAAGCCGUACCAAGAAAAUCUAUUGAUACUUUCGGGCAAAGGACUUCAAUAUACCGAGGAGUCACAAGGCAUAGAUGGACUGGGAGAUAUGAAGCUCAUUUAUGGGACAAUAGUUGUAGAAGAGAAGGCCAAACUAGAAAGGGAAGACAAGUCUAUUUGGGAGGCUAUGACAAAGAAGAAAAGGCUGCAAGAGCUUAUGAUUUAGCAGCAUUGAAAUAUUGGGGAACCACUACCACAACAAAUUUCCCAAUUAGCAACUAUGAGAAAGAGAUGGAAGAAAUGAAGCACAUGACUAGGCAAGAGUAUGUUGCAUCUCUAAGAAGGAAGAGUAGUGGAUUUUCUCGGGGUGCAUCCAUAUAUCGGGGAGUAACAAGACAUCAUCAACAUGGAAGAUGGCAGGCAAGAAUUGGGAGAGUUGCGGGGAACAAAGACCUUUACUUGGGCACUUUCAGCACACAAGAGGAAGCAGCAGAGGCGUAUGACAUUGCGGCCAUCAAAUUCCGAGGACUAAACGCAGUGACAAACUUCGACAUGAGCCGAUACGAUGUAAACAGCAUCCUGGAAAGCAGCACAUUACCCAUCGGCGGCGCUGCAAAGCGCCUGAAAGAAGUCGAUCAGCCUCACGAAAUGGCCCUUGAUGGCAGCAGCCACCGAGCCCUAACCGCCGACGAUCACCACAACCUCCUAACCUCAAACCUCAACCCUUACUUCUCCUCAUCCCCAGCCCACCACCACCUCCAAAACUGGCAAACCCUAGCAUUUCAACAACCCCAUCACCACUCCAACUUCUCCAUUCCUAGCCACCUCCCAUACGGCCACCGGCUCUGGUGCAAGCAGGAGCAGGACGCCGCCGAGCUUCAUCACCAACCCCAACUGGGAAGCACCCACGACUUCUUCCAGCAGUCAGUUUUACACAAUCUAAUGAACAUUGAUCACCCUUCAUUAGAACCCAGCUCGGAAGCAAAUUCAGUGAUUAACUACUGCAACAACGGAGGUGAUGGAAACGUGAUUCCAAUGGGGACAGUCAUAGCAAACGACCCUGGAAGCUUCAGUGAAAACGAUAACAAUUUGUACAACUGGGUGCCCACGGCCGUUCCCACGGUUGCACCAAGGAAUACAAUGGCGCUGUGCCGUGGAGCUUCAACGUUUACUGUGUGGAAUGGCAGUUGAUUGAGGUGAUGAAGAAGAUGAUGUAUACAAAUUACAAACUGAUUUGCUAAUUUGAUGAAAUUAAGGAUCAACAUGACUGAAGCGGGAUCAAUAGCAAGGGACGAAAUAUAAUAUAAUAUAUGAAUUGCCCGAUUAUAUUCCUUGCUAUGAAUUUUGGUAACUUCAGCUCAGGGCGACAAAUAUUGAUCCUCGGAGAGUUCUUCAUUUUAAUUUGUAACAAUAACAUAGUUAAUGAUCAUACAAAG